AUGAGCUCUAGUGAAGAAAAUACUAGUACAUUUACUUCUGUUAUUAGAAAAGAUAAAAAACAUUCUGGUAGUUGUUCAAAUGGCUCUGUUUGGGAUUAUUUUACUAAAGAUGAAAAACUAGGAAAAGAAAUAUAUAAAACAACUU